AUGGGCUGGACUUCCCAGGGGCAAGCCCAGCUCGGAGGCCUGCUUCUCUCCCUGCUUGGCUGGGCCCUCUCCUGUGCCACCACCAGCCUGCCGCAGUGGAAGACCCUCAAUCUAGAACUGAACGAGAUGGAGACCUGGGUCAUGGGGCUCUGGGAGGCGUGCGUGAACCAGGAGGAGGUGGCCACAGUAUGCAAGGCCUUCGAAUCCUUCUUGUCUCUACCCCGGGAGCUCCAGGUAUCCCGCAUCCUCAUGGUCACCUCCCACGGGCUGGGACUCUUGGGGAUUCUGCUCUCUGGUCUGGGAUCUGAAUGCGUCCAGCUUCAAAGGGUCGGAUGUGUGUUUAAGAGGCGGCUCUGCCUCCUGGGAGGGACUUUGGAGGCUGCAGCUUCAGCUACAACCCUCUUCCCCAUCUCCUGGGUGGCCUAUGCUACUGUUCAAGACUUCUGGGACACCAGCAUCCCUGAGAUCGUACCCCGCUGGGAGUUUGGAGAUGCCCUCUACCUGGGCUGGGCUGCUGGUGUUUUCCUGGCCAUUGGUGGGCUGCUCCUCAUUCUCUCCACCUGCCUGGGAAAAGAAGAUUUGUCCUUGCCUCGGAUGGCUGGCUUCACAGUCGCCCCUUCCUGUGUCCCAGCACAGGAACUUGACAGCUCCUCUCUCUCACCCAGACUUAGAAACCAGUUCAUCUAG